UUUGGCGUUCCGAAAGCGUUCGGGAUGACGAGCAGCGCCAGGUACAAGAGCAGGGCGGUGAAAUCAGAGGAUGCAGAGGAAAAAGAGUACGUUGGCUUUGCCACCCUCCCAAACCAGGUUCACAGGAAGUCGGUAAAAAAAGGCUUCGAUUUCACACUCAUGGUGGCAGGGGAGUCUGGUCUUGGAAAGUCCACCCUGAUCAACAGCUUGUUCCUCACAGAUUUGUACAAGGACAGGAAACUGCUGAACGCUGAAGAGCGCAUCAGUCAGACUGUGGAGAUCAUCAAACACACGGCUGACAUCGAGGAGAAGGGUGUUAAACUGAAGCUGACUAUUAUAGACACACCAGGUUUUGGAGACGCUGUCAAUAAUACGGAGAGCUGGAAGGCCAUUACUGACUAUACUGACCAGCAGUUUGAACAGUAUUUUCGGGAUGAAAGCGGUUUGAACAGGAAGAACAUCCAGGAUAACCGUGUCCACUGCUGCUUGUACUUCAUCCCUCCGUUUGGACAUGGACUGCGGCCCGUGGACGUGGAGUUUAUGAAAGCACUGCAAGACAAGGUGAACGUGGUUCCACUCAUUUCCAAGGCUGACUGUCUGACGCCAGCGGAGAUGAGGAAGAUGAAGGACAGGGUGAGGGAGGAGAUCGAGAAGUUCGGAAUCAAAGUGUACCAGUUCCCAGACUGUGAUUCUGAUGAGGACGAGGCGUUCAAGCAACAGGACCGAGAGCUAAAGGAAAGCACUCCAUUUGCUGUGAUUGGGAGCAACACGAUAGUGGAGGUCAAAGGUCAGCGGGUGAGAGGGAGACUUUACCCAUGGGGCAUUGUGGAAGUGGAGAAUCAGUCCCAUUGUGAUUUCGUCAAGCUGAGGAACAUGUUGAUUCGCUCACAUAUGCAUGACCUGAAAGACAUCACGUGUGACGUGCACUAUGAAAACUACAGAGCGCAGUGCAUACAGCAAAUGACAAGCAAACUGACCCAGGAUAAUCGCGUGGAGAGCCCCAUCCCGAUACUACCACUGUCCACCCCAGACGUAGAGACAGAAAAGCUGAUAAAGAUGAAAGAUGAAGAGUUGCGGAGGAUGCAGGAGAUGCUUCAAAAAAUGCAGCAGCAGAUGCACAAACAGGACCUGUGAACGCCGCCCUGAACGAAAACGGCUGAUUUCAGCUUGUCUGCACUUUUACACAAGCAGCCACGUAACACUUUAACAUCACACUGAAGGAUAUACAGUAGGGAAAGCAACAGAUGUAUUUGUAUGUCAAACACAACACAGAUAUGAAUGCAUGUGUCGAGCACUGCGGUUAAAAGGGUCACUUCACCUGAGCCUGGUAUCUAAAACCAGGCUUCAAGUUGAAAUAUUUAGUAAUGCUAAAAGAUUUAGUGAUAGUUUGUUUUCACACUUUGUACAGUCCAUGUGAUGCUGUAUGACUGUUUCCAUGGCAAAGACUGCUGCUUUAUUCACAGUAGACAUGGCAAAUGUUCUGUCGUACUAUUGUUUUUUGUCUGCCGUUUUUAUGAUCCGUUUCUAGCCCAAUUUUUUAUUAUUUUUAGUAAUGUGUGUGUGCGAGUUUGUGUGCCUGUGCCGAUUUGCUUAAAACAAGAGCACUAAGUGGAAAACUAAAUAUUUGAGUGAUUUUCUACGUUUAAAGCAGCUAUACCAUCAAGUUAUUACAAGGUUUAGAAGUAUGAAAACAUUUGCAGUAUUAAAGCAAAUACUUUAAUAAUUUUUCAUUCUUCAUUCAUUUAUUUGUCUCUGAAGGCCUUAUCAGAGCACCUUGAAUUGCAAACUUUGUUGUACGACUGCUGUAAGUUGAAGAGAAUUUUCACUGAUCCAACCUUUUGUCUACUUUAUUGAUUGAACAUAAAAAUGUAAUUCUUUAUAACAGUUUUAUGUGAUUCAUGUUAUAAUAUGCCACUUAGGACGACUGUUCCAGUCCUAAAACACCACAUUAUACAUAAUAUUUCACAAAAUGGAUAUCAGACAAUCUUUAUCAGUGAAUAGGCUCUAACAUCUUUUAUAUCACCUGUUGUUGAUGGUUUUACAUGGAUGCAUUGAGAUAUUGAUUUGUAUGCCCUGUAUGUGUUUACUCAAGUUAUGAGCAUGACAAAUGCACCAUCUGCCAUAUAUCAUGAUUCCUUUGAAA